AUGGCGGGGGUGAUUUUUGUUCUACGAUGGCUACUGCUUAUCUGUCAGAUCACUGGUAUAUGGGCAAUUCAUGCCCACCAUUCUCAUGAACACCUACACCAGCACUUCAAUCGUCAGAAUGUCGCCUCUGUCUCGGUCACUGUAUCAAGUUCUUCUGCUGCUGCGUCGAGUUCCUCUCAAUUUGGGAACUCUGAUGCCGCCACCAAGGUUUCCGAGGCUCUGAGAGCAUUGGCCGUUGUCAACAAGUUAAGAGUUGACAAUGUAAAAUUCAACAGAUAUUCCAUGGCCAACGCAAAGGAUGUGACUGGAGAAAGAAUAAACGCACCACCCUUGGAUUAUUCAAGGGGAGCUGUCACUAGGCUCUCCGCCCUUCAAAAUGCGUCUGAGUCUGAAUUGUCCAAGGAAAAACGCCAAGAAAGCACCAACACCAAUGAUAGCUUUGCCUACACAAUUCCUAAGGAUCUCGCCGAUGCAGCAAGAGCCUUAGCAGAGUCUGUUCGACCCACCGCUUCCACCGGCGAGGAGGAGGCUCUGGCUGCCAAGGUGCAUGCUAAGUACAGGUCCAAGACAAACGAUACCAACCGACCUCCCCAGCGGCUUCAACAUCCAAAUGGGCUUUUUGGUUAUGUUGCGGACGAACAGACUGUGCUUCAAUCGUCUGACUUGCAAUCCGAAAAUUCUACUCUUGUAAAGAGAGCUGCGAGUGGUUCUGAUUAUUGGUUGGCCAAUCUGCAGCAAAAUGCUGCCAGUCCAUUCGCUCCAUCUGGAUAUAAAGUCUGGAGAAAUGUGAAGGACUAUGGUGCCAAGGGUGAUGGUGUAACCGACGACACUGCCGCAAUCAAUAAAGCUAUCUCCAGUGGAAAUCGAUGUGGAGCAAACUGUGGUUCAAGCACAAUAUUCCCGGCUAUUUUAUUCUUUCCUCCUGGAACAUACCUCGUCAGCAGUCCGAUCAUCCAGUAUUACAACACGCAAUUCCUGGGAGAUCCGACUAAUUAUCCAACAAUUUUGGCUGCUGCGAGCUUUGUUGGCUUGGGCGUCAUUACCUCUGACGUUUAUGUCGGCGACCAAGAGCAAUGGUACUUGAACACAAACAACUUCCUUCGCAAUGUCCGCAAUUUCAAAAUGGAUAUUACCCGUACAGACCCCGGUGCGUAUGUAUGUGCCAUUCACUGGCAAGUUGCCCAAGGAACAACUCUUGAAAAUAUCGAGUUUUACAUGUCGCAAGCGACCGGAAACACACAGCAGGGCAUCUACAUGGAAAACGGAAGUGGCGGUUUCAUGAGCAAUUUAACCUUCGUGGGUGGAAACUUCGGUGCCUAUCUGGGUAACCAACAGUUUACAACCAGUCAACUUGUUUUCGUGAAUUGCAAGACCGCAGUUCAGGUCCAUUGGGACUGGGCGUGGACAAUGCAAGAUGUUGUCAUAGAGUCAUGUGGGAGCGGAAUUGUUGUGACUGGUGGUGCAGGAGGUUUGGAAAGCACUGGUCAGGCAGUCGGUUCAUACAUCUUGGUGGACGCCAUUAUCGCCAACACACCUACCGGUAUUCGCACAUCGCUAUACGCAGACAACUCAACGGCAGUUUUACUUCAAAACGUUGGGUUCUUUAACGUCAAAGAUGCAAUUGUUGCCGACACCCGCACCGAGCCUCUCCUAGCUGGAGGAAACGAAGUUCUUGUUCCUUCGUGGGGAUUCGGUCUCUACCAUGACGAUACAGGACUUCAUUUUGCCCAGCAAGAGCAAUUGCAGGUUUUGAACCGCAAAUCAAUUCUGACUAGCGAUAAAUCUUAUGUUAAAGGAACCGCUAACUUUUUCGCCCGCCGCCGUCCUCAAUAUCUUGAUUUGGGAGGUGGCCAGGUUUUCGAUGUCAAGGCCUAUGGUGCGAAAGGCGACGGUGUCACGGAUGACACAGCGGCCCUUAACAGUGUACUCUCUGCCGCUGCAAAUAUGUCUUCAAUUGUUCACUUUCCUUACGGAGUUUAUGUCAUUAAAGAUACUCUCCAUGUUCCUCUUGGCUCCCGCAUUAUCGGGCAAGUUUGGCCGCAGAUUAUGGCGACUGGCAGCAAAUUUGAAGACGCCGAGAAUCCCCACGUCGCUGUGCAAGUGGGCAAAGAAGGGGAUACCGGUAUUCUCGAAAUUCAAAACAUGAUGUUCACGGUAUCUGGGCCCACGGCUGGUGCCGUACUCAUGGAGUGGAAUGUUCAUGAGUCGACACAGGGCUCUGCAGGUCUCUGGGAUUGUCACUUCCGCGUGGGCGGUGCGAUCGGUUCUAAGCUCCAAUCCGAUAAAUGCUCCAAAAAGGCAUCAUCCCUGAACAAGGAUUGUAUCGCUGCAUCACUUCUGCUCCAUGUCACAAAAUCUGCUUCGGCUUAUAUAGAGAACCUCUGGGCCUGGGUUGCGGACCAUGACCUUGAUAAGGUUACCCAAGAUCAAGUCGACAUUUAUGUGGCUCGCGGUAUUCUGGUUGAGAGCCAGGGACCUACUUGGAUGUACGGAACAGCCUCAGAACACAGCGUCUUCUACCAGUACCAGUUUUCUGGUGCCAAGAAUCUGGUUAUGGGAAUGAUACAGACCGAGUCUCCCUACUUCCAACCCACUCCGCCAAUGCCAAAGCCUUUCGAACUGGGGAAAUUCCCCAACGACCCGGACAGCAAUGAGUGUAAGACAUGUACAAGCUCAUGGGCGGUACGGAUGAUUAACUCGGAAUCAAUCUAUAUGCUUGGUGCAGGCAUCUAUAGUUGGUUCAACUCAUAUUCCCAAGAUUGUUUGGAAACAAACAACUGCCAAGAAAAGGCUUUCUACGUCGAGCAGAGUAGCGAUAUCUGGAUCGUCAAUCUUGUGACCAAGGCAAUUGUCCAGUCUAUCAGCCCACUCGGUGAGACUGCGAUAUUUGCGAAAGACGCGAGAAAUGGAUACCUAUCAUCCUUGCUUGGGUGGUUCCGCAAAGCAAAAGACAUCGUUGGCCAGCGCAAGUUCACGGGGUUCUACUUUUACGAUAAAACAUAUCAGCAAGAGUUUUUGUCACAAUUGUCCCCCAUUUGCCAAACAGCCAUCACUAGGCUAAUUGACUGCGACGAUGAGGUUUAUAUGUUCCAAAAGCCUAGAUGGAGACAAGGGUUUGACAACGACACUCUAAGCGAUCUGGUUUGCAGUUCCAGUUGCGGGCAGUCUAUAGAGACUUGGUUUCACCAAGUUACUACCAAUUGUGGUAGCAAUGAAGAGACUGGGGCUCCCUUCAACAUGAAAGGUGGGGCGACUUGGGCAGGGUGGAAUGAGACCUGUGCUAAGGACGCCACGAGUGGUAAAUACUGUGGAGACGUAAUCAAUGGCUUCAACCCAGACCUGGAUAGUAUGCCAACUGCUGAACUUUGCUCAUCAUGCCAUGUCGGCCGUUACCGAAUGAUGCAAUCAACACCCUACUCCGCAUACGACAUCAACUUCCAAUCCCAACUCAAAUACAUCAAUUCAAAAUGCAACCUCAAUAUUCCUACUGAUAUUCCCGAUCCCCUGCAACCAACAAUUGAUCCAUACAAGCCUGCAGACUCGUGCGUAUCUGGCAUCAAAUACACAACCGUGGCCGGCGAUACCUGUGACUCGAUUGCUACCAAGUACAAAGUCUCCUCAGCCGCCCUGUUCAUAGGACACGACAACUUGUUCGAAUGCAAGGAUAUCCAAGUCGGCACAAAGCUGUGCAUGCCAAUCCAAUGCGAGACCGUCUACACCAUCAAAGGCGAGGACAGCUGUACAUCCAUCGAGAAGGCACAAGGCGUCGGAUACAAGGAUGGAACUACAUUACGCAAAUACAAUCCAUGGAUCAACUACGAUUGCUCUAAUCUUCAUAUUGUCAGUGAUGUCGCGUAUGGUCAUGUCAUUUGCCUCACGCCGCAGUCUGGUGCUUCGAAUGCCACUGCCCUGCCUUAUGAUCCAACGUCACCCGGUUCCGCUGAUGGCUAUGUCAUUCCGCAAAUCGAGCCCCCUAAAAACUCAACUGUUGCUGAAGGGACGACAACUCGUUGCGGCAAGUGGCAUGUUGUCACAAAUGAAGCGCUGCAAGAAACCUGCACUACGAUAUGCAUACAGAGCAAGAUUCCUUGGGGUUUAUUCUUGGAUGUGAACCCUUCUCUGGGUCCGGAUAAAUGCAGCGACCAGCUGGUUGCUGGGAAUGCUUACUGUGUCGGGCCGACGUACAGCUGGGAUGAGUUCUUUGAUGAUGCUGAUACUGAUUGA